AUGCUGAGCUUUUUCCGUCGAACCCUUGGACGGCGGUCUAUGCGUAAGCAUGUGGAGAAGGAACGGCUAAGAGAGGCCCAAAGAGCUGCAACCCACAUCCCUGCAGCUGGGGAUGCAAAAUCCAUCAUUACUUGCCGAGUAGCACUGCUGGAUGGAACGGAUGUCAGCGUGGACUUACCGAAAAAAGCCAAAGGCCAGCUCCUGUUUGAACAGAUCAUGUAUCAUCUAGACCUUAUAGAAAGCGACUACUUUGGAUUAAGAUUCAUGGAUUCUGCACAAGUGGCUCAUUGGUUGGACAACACAAAAAGCAUUAAAAAGCAAGUUAAAAUUGGCCCACCGUAUUGUCUGCAUUUUCGGGUAAAGUUUUACUCAUCAGAGCCCAACAAUCUACGUGAAGAGCUAACAAGGUAUCUGUUUGUUCUGCAGCUGAAACUGGAUAUUCUUAGUGGAAAAUUGGAAUGUCCUUUUGACACAGCCGUCCAGUUGGCAGCUUACAAUAUGCAAGCUGAACUUGGAGACUAUGAUCCACCUGAACUGGUGUCCGAGUUCAGGUUUGUUCCCACUCAGACUGAAGAGAUGGAACUAGCUAUUUUUGAGAAGUGGAAGGAAUGCAGGGGGCAAACGCCAGCACAGGCUGAAACUAACUACUUAAACAAAGCUAAGUGGCUGGAAAUGUAUGGUGUAGACAUGCACAUAGUUAAGGCAAGAGACGGCAAUGAUUACAGCCUGGGGCUAACACCUACAGGAGUUCUUGUCUUUGAAGGAGAUACAAAGAUUGGUUUGUUUUUCUGGCCAAAGAUAACAAGGCUUGACUUCAAGAAGAACAAACUCACUCUAGUUGUUGUUGAAGAUGAUGAACAGGGAAAGGAGCAGGAGCACACUUUUGUCUUUAGACUGGAUCAUCCCAAAGCCUGCAAACACUUGUGGAAAUGUGCGGUGGAACAUCAUGCCUUCUUUCGGCUUCGAGGUCCUGUUCAAAAAAGCUCAAGUCGAUCAGGCUUCAUUCGGUUAGGAUCCCGGUUCCGAUACAGUGGGAAAACAGAAUAUCAAACCACCAAGACCAACAAAGCCAGGAGAUCAGCAUCCUUUGAAAGGAGGCCCAGCAAGAGAUAUUCAAGGCGAACACUACAAAUGAAAGCACAUGCUGCUAAACUUGAAGAAACAAGUAAUGCAAACAAUGCUGUUAUCAACCAAACUAAUGGAUCACAAAGCUGGAAUGCAAAGCCAAACAUACCUAUCCUAACUGCGGUUCCUUCUGCCCCAGUCUUAGUGGAAAUAGAAAACCUCCCAAGGAGCCCAGGAGCCAGCCAUCAAGACAAGAAGUGCAUACCUUUUGUUGAUUUGUUAGACAGCACGGAGUUGCCAGAAACUUGUGUUGAUGAUGCCAUAGGCCGUCCAGUUGUUGACUUGGCAACAGGAGAUUCAGAAGAGGCUGUUAGUUGCCCUCAUCCUGGCACAAAGGAAACUACUGCUGAAAAAGCAGACUCUGAUCCAUUUGAAGACACGUUCCUAAAACUGAAACAGCUUGAGACAGAGCGCAGCAGCCCCAUGCCAACUGAGCGUCCCAAUGUAAACAUAAACGUACAGGAUGAAGUGGUAAAGUUGACAGAUAAAUGUCUUAACAAUGCAAUUGAGAGCCCAAUCGCAGCAGCAAUGUGGCUUCCAGCAGAUAUCAAAAGCAAUAUCCUGAAGGCCCAGGCAGAAGCAGGGCACAAGAUUGUAAGAGAAGACAGCCUCACAGGUGUCAAGAAUUCCAAUAUUCAGGAUGCUGCUGCCAGGAACAUUCUCCCAUCAGGCAAAACACAGAGUAGUCCUCCAGCAACCAGUCCCGUAUUUCAAGGCCCAAGAGAGCUGCUGAAAGCAAUCCCGUCCUCAAACACCUUUGUUCCUAAUGUGUUAAAUGAGGACAAUGCUGCCUCUAACCAUGAGGACCUGCUGACUCCAGCUAAUCUGGCUCCAGCUGAGGAGGCUGCUGUUUCAAAGAGCACUCCAGAUGACCAGGACGUUUCCUUAACAUCAUUGACAGAGAAUCUAAUUGACUUUACAGAAGCCACACCUCGGGUGUCUUCCCAGCCCAUGAUAACACCAAGGUGGAUAGUGCCAACUGGACUGAUUUCCAAUGGGCCUUUGGGAAAUGAUGUUGCCUUAGCUAUGAAGGCAGUGAAAGGCAGCACAGAGACUCUCUUGUCAGCUGGAUUGCCACCAUCCCAGCAGACGUCCGAAAUCCUUGCAAGCCCAGUUACUGAGGAUGCUACAAUAAGAACGAAAUGUUUACUCACCACUGAGCUCUAG